AUGGAAAAAUACGAAAAUCUAGGGCUAGUUGGAGAAGGAAGUUAUGGAAUGGUUAUCAAGUGUAAAAAUAAACAGUCUGGAAGGAUUGUGGCGAUUAAAAAAUUUAUUGACAGCGAAGAUGAUAAACAUGUUAAAAAAAUAGCACUUCGUGAAAUAAGAAUGUUGAAAAUAGUUCAUCGUGAUAUCAAACCCGAAAAUAUUCUUAUCAGUCGUAGUGGCGUCAUCAAAUUGUGUGAUUUUGGUUUCGCACGUACACUUGCUGCACCCGGUGAAGUUUAUACAGAUUAUGUGGCCACCAGAUGGUACAGAGCACCAGAACUUCUUGUGGGAGAUACAAAAUAUGGCAGACCAAUUGACAUUUGGGCUAUCGGUUGUCUUGCCUCAGAAAUGUUGACAGGUGAUCCUUUAUUCCCUGGUGAUUCUGAUAUUGAUCAAUUGCAUAGAAUAGUGCGUUGUCUUGGCAAUCUAAGUGAGAAAUAUCAAAAUAUAUUUCAUCGAAAUCCACUUUUUGUUGGUAUGAGAGUUCCAUUUGCAAAAGAAAUUGAUCCAUUGGAUAAACGAUUAGUUAAGGUUUCGAAACUAACUCUUGGAUUUAUAAAGGUAGUUAAAAACUGUGACACGUAUUUUAUAUUACCUAAGAAAAGAGAACAAGGAAAAUGUAAUGAAUGUGAAAACCCAAAUAAAGAUAAAACAAUAACUCCAGAUCAUGUUGAUUUGUCAGUAACAUCACAAGCUGGUCUACAUAAUAAUGAAAUUACUGAACGAAAUAAAUCAUCCAAUAUUUCUACCGAUUUUUCAAGUAAUACUAAAUCUACACAAAUGGAAGGGAAUAAAUUAAAAUCUACUAUGGCUGAUGAACAGGUUAACUUAACAUAUGUAGCGUCUAAAGCAAGAAUUGCAGUUAAAUCUCAAUUAUAUAAUGAGUAUUUAGUACAUGAUGAAAAUAUUGAUCCACAUCAUUUGUUAGAUACAAUGAAUGUUUCAAAAAAACAACACUAUGGAUCAGAUAAUGUCUUGAAUAGGAACGAUGAUUCUGAUUCAAAAGAAUCAUUAACAGUAACUGAAAAAAUGAAUGAUCGAUUGAAUGAGAUGCCUUCUAUUCCACAAAAGUCAUUUGGUUUACUUACAACGGUUAAAUGUAAGAGCCCAAAACCAACAAAUCCAAUCUCGAAGUCUAUAUUAGAAGAUUUACGUGAAACUUUGAAUGAUACUGACUUAUCCUCUGCUUCCAUAUCAAUAUCCCCGUUACAGGUUACAAAUUUAACCAUUAAUAAACAGUCAUUAAUAAAUACUACUAACCAAUCCCCGUUCAAUAGUGGUUUUGUUGCCAAGAUUACCAAAGUGCCAAACGAACAAAUCGACUGUACUUCAACAGUCAUAGAAUCUUCUGUAAACAAAUAUUUAGACACAAAAGGUGGAGACUCACAACCUAAGGAAAUGACUUCAAAUAAACGUUUACCUUAUCUUACUUUAGGUCAGACUAGCAGCUACCAUUUUUUUCCACAACAGUAUCGAGGAGUUUAUCAAAAUCCUCUAAAAUCAGACCAAACAAAUACGUAUAAUCCUGGGACUGUUUCUUCAGGAAUGGGAUUGUCUUCACUGUCACCACUGUUAACCAAUAGUCAAACAGUUAGCAAGCACGAAAAUAACCCUACUUUUCAGUCUACCAAUGUUUUGACAUCUUCAUCCAUCGCUUUGCAGACAUGGACAACACAAAUAAGUUCUUCUAAUACAAGCAACUCAUCCAAGGAUUCAAAAAGUCGACGAUAUUAUCAACCUCCAAAUCACCACAGCAAAUCAACAUUUUCUUUGCAAUUUCCUAUGAAUAUCAGUCAUUCAGUUUGUCAACCGAUUUCAACUUCGCUAAGCAAUCACUAUCAUAAUCAUAAUCACCAUCUCUCCAUACUGCAGCCAAUUGGUAUUAUGCCUUCUCCAAAUAUCUUUGAUACAAAUCAUGAUUAUUUACAUCCCGAACAGACUGAAUCACGUAGUUAUAUUGGUCAUGUAAAUUUUUCAACACGUUCACCGCUACAAACUUUGUCUCAACAGAAUGUUUUUAAAAAAUCAUUUACAUCAAAUAGUACAACUGGUACAAGUAAACAGGAUAAUACAUAUUCUCUUACUGGUAAUCAACACUCAUUUAGUCCACAAGUUUUACCAGCUUUUACAGGUUCUUCAUAUUCCACAAAUCAGUAUGGUACCAAUACAAAGCCUAAUCAUAAUAAUCAGUUUCCUAUAAAUAGAUUACGCAAUUCAGAUAAGUUCUGGCUUGGAAGCUUACCCAGAAGAUGA